CGAGCCGUCCAUUCCGCGAUCAGAGCGCUCUCUCCGCCACCCCCCUCGCUAUAUAAGCACCCGAGGGUGCAUUUCUAGGGUUUCCGCCGCCGAAGCCACCACACCUAAACCCUUCUUCCCUCUCCUCCUCCGCCGCCGCCGCCCUCCCCUCUCGCCAUGGCGUCGGAGAAGAAGCAGUCGAACCCGAUGCGGGAGAUCAAGGUGCAGAAGCUCGUGCUCAACAUCUCCGUCGGCGAGAGCGGCGACAGGCUCACCCGCGCCUCCAAGGUGUUGGAGCAGCUGAGUGGGCAGAGCCCAGUUUUCUCCAAGGCGAGGUACACCGUGAGGUCAUUCGGUAUCCGUCGUAACGAGAAGAUCGCGUGCUACGUCACCGUCAGGGGCGAGAAGGCCAUGCAGCUUUUGGAGAGUGGCCUCAAGGUCAAGGAGUACGAGCUGCUGAGGAGGAACUUCAGCGAGACCGGAUGCUUCGGGUUCGGUAUCCAGGAGCACAUUGAUCUUGGCAUCAAGUACGACCCGUCAACUGGUAUUUAUGGCAUGGACUUCUAUGUUGUUCUUGAGCGUGCUGGAUACCGUGUUGCUCGCCGGCGCAGGUGCAAGUCCCGUGUUGGAAUCCAGCACAGGGUGACCAAGGAAGAUGCCAUGAAGUGGUUCCAGGUCAAGUAUGAGGGUGUCAUCCUCAACAAGGCCCAAGCAAACACGUCGUAAUUGGCAAGGGUUUAACCAGUUAUCCUGUAGAAUUAAGUGAGGGUUCAUUUGAAUCAUGGAACUGUCUUUCUUGAAAGCCAAAUGCACUGUCAAUUUUGCCUCUGUUGGAGUUGACCUGCGUCUAUAUUUCCAUUAAAUGCUUAAUGAUAUCCUUGUUUUAAAUCUUAAUAUUAAGGCAGACUUGGAAUCAAUCCACCCGCUUUGUUACCUGUAUUUCUGCCUUAUCCUGUGUCAGGCAAAAGCUAAGUAGCAACAGUCAAAUUGUUCAUUUUAGUGAUGUUUUAUUUGGGGUGCCAAUUUCUUCU